AUGGCCUCGAAGGAGACCACCGCGGCAGGUUUCACUAGCGUCAGCAGAGAAAUCACAGAGAGCAUCAGGAGGGUACUUGAUAAGCAGGCCAUCAAGUUCGUGCGAGCAGUCAAACAGGAGACCCGCAGCGGCAAAUCGGACGACAGAAUUCUGGUCCUGGCAACAUGGAGGCUGUAUCUCUUUGCUGUCAAAGUACCCACCAAGAUGGAGGUCACCUUCAACUUCCUGGAGAUCCGAGCGAUGAACACCUACCCAGAACACCAGGUUGUCAUCGACACAGACAAGACCACCUACUCGUUGAGACUGCAGACUCAGGACCAGCUGGAUCACAUGGUCAACUACAUCAACUACGCCCUGUCCCGCGUCUUCAACAACUCCAUAUAUGCUCCUCCUAUCUGUCGAGCAGAGGUGGAGCUCUCCGAUGGAGGUCACAAGUUUUCACCAAACUCUGACUCUUCACCAGACACCAAGAAAACCUGUGGUGGUUUCUCUGAGACCUAUGCGGCUCUGUGUGACUACAAUGGAAUUGGCUGCAAGGAGGAGGUCCAGUGGGAUGUCGACACUAUCUACCAUUCUCAAGACAACAGGGAGUUUAACCUUUUGGAUUUCAGCCAUCUUGAUAACAGGGACCUUGCUGUGAUUGUGGCUUCCAUGGCGUACAACACGUGGUUUACCAGGCUCUACUGCAAAGACAUGCGCAUAGGGUCAGAGGUGGUGGACCAGGUUCUGCACACGGUCAGCAAGUCCAACAGUCUGGAGGAGCUCACGCUGGAGAAUGCCGGGCUCAAAUCGGAUUUCCCCCAGAAGAUGGCGUCAGCCCUGUCAGAGAACCCGGCCUCUGUGAUUCACUCUCUUAACCUUGCACAUAACACACUAGACAACCAAGGUGUGUCCAACCUGAUUCAGCAGGUGUGUCGCCUCAACAAGGGCCUCCGUCUCCUCAACCUUUCCAAGACCUCCCUGUCCUCCAAAGGUGUGUUGUCGCUGUCCCAGGCGCUGUCUUCCAGUGAUGAAAACUCCUUGCUACAUCUGGACCUUAGCAAGAACCCUGGAGUCCUGUCUGGGGAGGAUGCCACGAACCUGUACCUGUUCUUGGCCCAACCCAACUGUCUGGUCCAUUUGGACCUCUCGGGAACAGACUGCACUGUGGACUCGUUGUUUGGGGCUUUGCUGCGAGGCUGCUGUGCUGACCUGUCCUACCUAAACCUGUCCAAGAAUUCCUUCUCUCACAGGAAAGCGAGGGAUUCUCUGCCGACCUUCCGCCAGUUCUUCAGCUCAGCAUUCAGUCUCACCCACGUCAGCCUCGCCUCCAUGAAGGUGCCCCCGGACUCUCUGAGAGCUCUGUUCCUGGGUCUGUCCAACAACCCCCAUAUCACUGAUCUACAUCUGGACAUCAGCGGCUGUGAGCUGAGGUCAGCGGGUGCCGGGGUGAUUCAGGAGCUGUUUCCUCGGGUGUCCUGUGUAGGAACCCUGGACAUCUCUGAUAAUGGUUUGGAUAUCGACUUGCUGGCUGUCAUCCCAGCCUUCUCCAGACAUCCUUCCCUCAAACAUCUGAUGCUGGGGAAGAACUUCAACAUCAAGGGCAGGGUGCUGGAUGAAACUCUACAGAAACUAGUUCAGCUGGUGCAAGAGGAAGAAUGUGCGCUGCAGUCACUGUCCUUGGCUGACUCGCGGUUGCGCCAGCGGGGCACGGUGCUGGUCAAUGCCCUGGGCUCCAACGCCUGCCUGCGGAAAGUGGACCUGAGUGGCAACGGCCUGGAGGACGCAGGGGCCAAGAUGCUGAGCAAAGCCCUGCAGAUAAACACCACGCUUCGGAGUGUGACGUGGGAUCGCAACAACACCACCGCGACAGGCUUCCAAGAUGUUGCACGAGCUUUGGAACAUAACUUCACCCUGCAGUACAUGCCCCUCCCCCUCAGUGAUGUCACACAGGCGUACCGCAGUGCCCCGGAGAAAACGGAGCAAGCCAUGACCAAGAUCCAACGUGCCCUCCUGAGGAACAAUCAGACUCAACGUUUCUCUCAGAAACAGGCUCUCAGGCUGCAUCAGGGCCUGGUCACCAGCACUGCUGAACAGGUGAUGGAGCGCCUGUGUGUGCGCGUGCAGCAGCAGGUGUGUGUGUUAAGAGGCUCUGAGGAAGGAGAGGAGGUUCAGGCGGCCAGGCAAAUCCUCAAAGAGGCCAGGAACUCGAGAGCUCUGUACCCUUCUCUGUGUGAGCUGGCCCAUGUGCUGUCAGUAGAUGGUCCUGUCAAACAGAGGCUAGACACGCUGGCUGGAGAACUGGCCAAAGCUGCUGACAAAGAGCUGCAGGUGAUCGUGGACUCCAUGGUGUCCCUGUGUUGCGAGCUGUGCCCCAUGUCCUCCUCAGCUGCAGAGAGACUCAAUCCACCUCUCUCAUCCAUCUCCGAGCAAAUUUCCAUCCCACGCUCAUCCAUUCGCAACACCCUGAUGGAAAGAGCCGCCGAGGACAUCAACAAGAUCCUUGAGGAGGUGAAGUUGUCCGUGGUCUCUUAUUUGACCAACUCCAUAGUGGAUCAGAUUUUACAGGAGCUGUACAACACGCAUAAAGCUCUGCUGCGGCAGGUGUCUCAGGCGAAGCGCUUGGAUGAUGUAGGAACAGGGAGACGGACGACCAUCAGACACUCCAGGAUCGCAGAGUCUCUGGAGUUCCCUGACGAGGACUUGGGCAUCAACCUGGGCAUAGACACGAUGGCCAUCAAGAAGAGGACCUCGAGAACCAGAAGGAUCCGUCCCGUCUCCACCAGACUGAGCCUGGGCGACGACCCCAACUCCUCCCCUCCCCCCACUGCUCCCGCCCACGCCACCCCCCUGUCUCGCUCUGCAUCAUGGGAGUGCUUGUCCACCCUCCCUACCAACGGUUCACCCUUGCGUCAUGUGACCCACGUCAGGCCACGCCCUCCCCGAAGACACAGGACUGGGUACCUUCCUGCUGAGUCUCAUUGUUCAGAGAAUGGCGGAGUCAGCUUGCUUGAAGAUGGAUUACCUGAUUUCUACAGCAAGAGAGUGCUACCUGACAGUCAGCUGUCAUCCCUCCAUCAGGCCCAGUCACUAAGGCGGAAAAAGAGACGCAGCAUGCUGUCAAUCUUCUCUGGCUUCCGCAAGAACCGCAACUCUACCAUCUCCAAUCAGGACAGCGACUGCGCCUCAGAGAACGUUUACUCAAUGAUUCAACACCCCAAGGAUCCUGGGAAGAUGGAGGUGGCGGGUCAAGGAGCGAAUGGGAACAUGCCGUCACCUCGACCCAUGCAGGGAGCGCCGCCGCACGGGUUGAGGGUUGCUAGCCCGCCCUGCCUCAUCCAAAGACAGUCCACAGACCUGGUCAGCAUGGUGUACAGCUGCAUUGGGGCUGAAAUUGAGGACUCUGACACCAGCAGCACGUACGACACCAAGCCCUUGGACCGUGACGCCGAGAGACAGAUAGACACCCAGCAGGACAUCUGCACCAACGGACACAUCAUCUCCUCCGACAGGCCGGCGGACAGACAAACAGAGCCGGGCAGACAGGAGCGUAUAGUGCCCCUCUCGCCAAACUCACUGCGAGACAGACAGAUGGAGGAGGAGGAGAGACAGAGCAUCUUUGGAGUCCCCCAUGGGCAGAGGCCAGAACCACCGCCACAGAGCAGCAAGCCCAGUCUGGCCAUUAUGAGGCAGCGACACCUGCAGGGGAGUUUAGAAGAAGCAGAAAGGUUGGAAGGAGAGAGGGAAGGGGAAGAAAGUGAAAAGAAGCAAGAAGAGAAACUGAAGCCAAGAGGGCCUGAGGGACAGCGUCCUCCUAUUCCUAAUAAGGUGUGUAAGGCCAAGAGCUCCCCCAAAACUUCACCAGCUGUCAGUCCACCCGAAGAUCCAAGCAAUGACAAGAAGGGCCCACCCCCUGCUCCAUCUGCCUCAGCUAAGUCUGCUUUGGAGUCUUCCACCACAGCUGUCAAUCAAGAGGAGGGAACCAGUGAGAGCAAAAGCCCAACAACCUCCGUGCCACAAAAGUCUGCAAAACCAGGGUUUGAAUCGACAGAUCCCGCCACCGCUCAAGCUGAGGAAGAAGGAGCUAAUGGAUUUCUGCCAAAGUCACAUCACAGCAGGAAAGCUAACUCAUGUGACAUAGGCAUGGAAUGGGACAGUCCCAGUGAUCUGGAAAGGUCCUCAGAUCGCAAAAUCCCCAUGAAAAAGCCCUGUUUCCCCCAGUACAGAAACAGAUCUCUGGACUACCCUGCAGGGACCAGGUUAUCAGACGCCGAGGGUCGUGACGAAGCGUCGGUAUUUGCCGACCUGAUUGAGAACAGGUGA